CUAUGCUCUGGUAUUGGCUGUCUAAUGAUUAUGGUACUAAAGAAAAUAUUUGGAUUUUGGUCUUAAUUUUACGAGAAUGAAUAAUAAUUUAUGUAGAAUAUGUUUGGAGAAAGGACUGUUGUCAUCUAUAUUUUUAAAAAGCUAUAACAAUAUAUACAUCUGUGAUAUGGUACAAAUUUGCAGCAAUGUUAUGGUAGAACAUAGUGAUGGAUUAUCUGAUCAAAUUUGUAGCAACUGUAUUUACAAAUUGGAAAUUGCAUAUCAUUUUAAACAAACUAGUGAAAGCUCUGAUUUACAAAUGAGACAACACUUGGGACUAGAACUCUCUAGAAAAUAUAAAGAUGCUAGUAUAAUGACUGAGCCAAUGGUUCUUCAGAAGACUACAUUAAUAAAAAGAUGUAAUAAAUGUAAGCCAGAGCAAAGAAAACGGUGUCGAAGGAAACCAGAUUCUGAAAAAAUGCGACGUGGCCCCAAACCAAAACCAAAAAAAGUUCAUGAAUGUUCUCAAUGCCAUAAAGAAUUCAGAUGUCAGACACAACUUGAUAUGCAUGUUAGAACACAUACUGGAGAUAAGCCAUUUGGAUGUAUGUUCUGCCCUAAACAAUUUGCACAAAAACAUAAUCUCACAAUACAUUUACGUAUACAUACAGGGGAAAAACCAUAUCAAUGUGAAAUGUGCAGCAAAAGAUUCUCAACUCAAGGGAAUUUAUCUGUACACUUAAAAACACAUACAGGCCAAAAGGAUCAUAUAUGUGAAGUAUGUAAAAAGGCAUUUGUUACAUCAAGUGAAUUAAAUAGACAUAUGACAAAACAUACUGGAUUUAAAAAAUUUAAAUGUGACCUGUGUGAUAAAGGAUUUACCCAAAAAAGAGAAUUGAGACUACACAAGAUGAGAAAACAUACAAUGUCUAAUGAAGCAGAUGAUCAAAGGGAUAACUUUAAUACAAUAGACAUUGUUAAUGUUGAUGAUGUUAAAAUAUUGCCUUCUACAUCUAAAGAUUCCGCACAUUAUAUCGAUGACUAUUUAUUGAAUAAACAUUUAUUUUCAUUAAAUAGAAAAAUUUACGAAUUUAUUUCAAAUCGUGACUACUUAAUUCGUUUAAUCAGUGACUUCGGUAAUAGUUAUAUUCGAUGUUGCCUCUGAGGACGGUAUUACUGUGACAAUUUGUAUAGCGUGUGUAUUGUGUAUUUGGCGACGCGUCGCCACGCCAGAAAUCGGUUUUACAUGCGGCUAUAGAUGUUUCAAUAAUUUAACUAGAGUGUGGAAUAAGAAGCACAUUAUAGUUUGUUUUAUUUAUUUUAUUUAUGCUAAACAAUUAUUAAAUACAUCUCUA